GAGUAACUAAUCGAUAACGCGACUUUCGGUCAUGGUGAGCCUUCCAGUGUCGGGCGCCUAUCUGCGCGCCAUCCGUGAGUCGGCGCGCAAGGCUCGGGAGACCCAACAUGUCCGGAUCGACGAGGACGCCAUACGCGCACUACUCCUUUCCCCCGCCUUCAUAACUACCUUCACCCGCCUGUCCAAGAACCAUGGCCUUGCGCUCCCUCUCCGCUUCCCCUCCCCCCUCGCCGAGCUGAACUUCCUCUCCGUCCUCGCCCUCCUCAACUUCGCCUCUGGCUACCGCACUCCCCUCCACGCCGAGACCGGGCGCGGCGCCUGGGACAACAUCCGUGCCCUUGCCUUUGCGUUGCACAUCGAGUCCGCGGGUGAUGCUGGCGAGCUGCUUUCCGCUGAAGGGAUGCGCUCGAUUGGGGAUGGCAAGGUCGCGGAGCUGCUACGCGUGAAUGUGCACCUUGAGCGUGCGCAUGAGACAAUCCCAGGCGUGACUGUGGGCGAGCUUGGUGGGCCGUUGUACGAGCUGGUGAGAUUGAUUACGAGGACAUUGAACGAGACGGGGGAGAGGUUGGUCGAGAUGGGAUACCCGGAUUUGGGAACGCUUGUAGCGGAAGCCCUCAAGGCUGGGGGGAAAGCGCGCAAGGAGGGCGACCCGGAUGCGGAGGUGGAUAAGGUGCUUGAGCAGAUCGUCCGCGCGAUCCCAGGAUUCCAGGACAUGUACGACUUGGAUGGCGAACCUGUCUACUGCUUCAAGAAGGCACUCUUCCUAAUCCACACCGUCGCCGUGCGCUUUGGCUCCCUCAACCCGCCACCCUUCCCCGCGCCCGACACGUCAAACCUCCCGAUCUUCAGCGACAAUGUGAUCCCCUCGAUGCUCGUACACCUCGGAAUCAUCGACCUGUCCGCGUCAUCACUUCAGCGCCUGUUUCCCAACGCUCGGUCGAAAGAGACGAUCGAUGCACUCCUUGCUGCACCGCCAGAGGGCGAAUCACAACCAUCGACGGAACCCCCCGAAGAAGGCCCUUUGGUCACCGCAAGAGAGGGUUAUGUCUUGCGCGCCGCGGCCAUCGAUGCGUGCGAGGUUACAGUGAAGAUUGCGCGCGAGCUUGAAGUACCGCAGGACCUCAAGUGGAUCAACCAAUUGACGCUGCCCGACUUGGAUGCGUGGUUGUGGGCGGGGGCGAAGGAUCGGGUGGACUAUCGACGUUUACCGAGGUUCAUGGAGAGGAAUACGGUGUUCUUCUGAGGUAAGGGAUCGGGAGGGACCAAUCAGCAUCAGCGCCGAUUCGCGAUGCCACCUAAGACGGAUGGUAAGCGCACACGGAACAGCCACCUUGCUGGAUCGUAUUGAUUCGGAUGCCAACCGUCUAUCAAUGGGUCAAGAGGGGAGACAGAACUGCAUAACGCGAAUGCAAAGUGUCAGCUUCUACUAGCUGGGAUCAACGAGGACGAGGGCAGGUAUACUCGUACUCUGUGCGUCUCCUCGCAUCGCUGCCCAAUCAGGAUGUAGCCUACUGUAGCUCUAUAUAGCGAAUGAGAAGACUGUUGCUUGAUGCUC